AUGACUCAGAAUGUCGUGAACAUAGUAUUGACAUGUCACAAAAGUGUGAAGCUCGUUGAAAAUGAGGGCUACGGGGCUGUACAGGUGCCCAUCAACACCACGUCCAGGACAUACGGUCUGGUCUGCGAUGACAACUUCACGGACCGCGAGGCCAGCGUGGCCUGCCGUGACCUCGGCUACCCGUACGGCAUCCACCUGUGCUGCUCGGCGUUCGAGUAUAAGUCCCUGCCUUUCGUCCGGUCCGGUGUCAGGUGUACAGGUAGCGAGGCUCUGUUCAGCGACUGUUAUUACGACACAAGGAUUAACUACUGCCUCUCUGGAAAGUAUGCCUCCAUUGUGUGCUCCAACAUUCCACCCGGAGGUUACACAGUUCAGAUAGACACCGCGUCAACAGGAUCGUAUGGACGGGUCAAAGUGCAGCACAUGGGCUACUGGGGCUUAGUGUGUCCAUCCGGCUUCGACCACAACGACGCCAACGUCAUCUGUAGAGAGGUCGGCUACACCGGGGGCUGGGCAGUGGUUGACAAGUCCUACGACAGCUCCUCGCUCCGCUGGCUGUCCAACAUUGACUGCGACGGCAGCGAGUCCCACCUAAUCCGGUGUCGGAACCUCGUCUUUGGAAACGUCAGCAACUGCAACACCUACGGACUCGCCGCCGUCUACUGCAACAGAGAAGCUGACACCCAGCUCCGUCUGGUGAACGGCACACAGACGACGGGUCGAGUGGAGGUGUCGAUGGACUAUGGCAACAGCGGUUCGAUAUGCAGCGAUGGUUGGACUGACGUGGAGGCCGCCGUGGCUUGCAAAAGUAUGGGGUUCGAAUCUGGACGGUUCCUUGGCGCAGGCAUCUACGGGCAGGUCAGUUUCUGGGGCCUGACGCGACGCUCUCGCGCUGACCACUUCACUGUCCGUCGACGUACCCAUUUACCCUGUGCUGACCUGACCGUGCGACUUGCUGGACCAGAAGGCUACUACGGCAUGGUGGAGGUCAACCGUUACGGACUUUGGGGCCCGGUGUGUAACAACAGCUGGGACGAUCGUGACGCUAACGCCACCUGCCGGGGUCUUGGGUACAGUCACGGCGUCAGCUUCUAUGGAAAUAACGUCCCGGACAUCACGCUGCGGCUCACUGAUGGUGGACGCAACUAUGGUCGCCUGGAGGUCAUGUAUGAGGGUCAGUGGGGUCGGGUUAUUAGCAGUGACUACUUCUCGGACACAAAUGCUGAAGUUGCCUGCAGACAUCUUGGAUUCGUGAGUGGGCAGACCGCUCCCGACUCCAUGCGAAGAGAUACCGUUACAGGCCAGGUCUGGAUAAGCGACAUCUACUGCAAAGGUUACGAGCAAAGUCUGUUUGAGUGUUCGAAUAGUUGGAAUUCCGAUGAUGGAAGUUACGUGGAUGCAUACGUCAUCUGCUACAACACGACACGUAUAUUUUCCGGAAAUUCUGUAUCUAUGGGAGAGGUGCAGAUCUACUACAACAAACGCUGGGGGUCCAUCUGUGAUGGCGGCUGGAGUAAGGAGGACACCGCUGUCACAUGCAGAGAUCUUGGAUACGACAACGGCUACCACCUGUGCUGCAGCCUUUUUGGGAAGUUUUCCCGCCCUAUUGCCGAAAACUUCAAGUGUACGGGAAGAGAGCAGGCAUUGACUAACUGCAGUCACAGCCCUCCUGAAAGUCUCAGUUACUGCACAAAAGAUGUUGUUUCGGUAGCUUGCUACAACUGGCCUGCUCCUUCAGGUAUCAACUACCGUUUGGCUGGCAGCAACUCCUCAUACAAAGGACGCGUGGAGGUGCAGGUCAAUGGUAUCUGGGGUAUUGUGUGUGGUUACAGCUAUGAUAUAGCUUGGGCCAAAGUCGUCUGUAGGAUGCGCGGUUUUACGGAAGGAUAUAUAGAUUACUUGGGGAGUUACUCAGACCCUCCCAACAUAAGCUAUCAGAACACCUUCAUGUGCAAGGGAGACGAAGCUGUGCUGGACGACUGCCCGCACUCAGGCUGGAAGACUGUAGACGACUACUACUGCACGCGCUAUCCUGUUGCCGUCGUCUGUUAUGGUGAUGAACCAACAGCCUCGUUCUCAAACUUUGCAGUGCGCAUUGGAACAACAGAUGAUAAAAACGUUCGCCAGGGUCCAGUUCAGUUCUACAAAAACGACACGUGGUACAACCUGUGUGACACGGGCUUCGAUGACAUCACAGCAAGUACAGAUGUCGUUGAUGAAGGGUACAGGUUCGACUUCCAUGACAACACAAAGACUAGCGGGCAGGUGGUGGUGACACACCUGGGUGUGGCGGGACUCAUCUGCAACACCUUCUGGGACGACUUGGACGCACGCGUGCUGUGCAGGUCACGUGGUCAUCAUGACGGCGCCGCCUACCACUACUCCCAGUACAACAACUUCUUCCUCCUGCCCAGCGAGCGGGGUCCCUACUGGAUCAGUGACGUCAACUGCACGGGGAGUGAGGCGUCGCUCGGGGAUUGUCCCUUCAACGACCGGCUCCAUCUGGGCAACUGCAGCAUGGCGGACCUGGCCGGCGCUGUCUGCUUCAACGACACUGGGAUACAGUAUCGCCUUGUGAGCGGAGAUCGUCAGGGUGCAGGUCGAGUGGAAAUAUCUGUGGGUGGACUCUGGGGUACCGUGUGCGACACCGACUGGGAUGACGAGGACGCCAGCGUCCUGUGCCGCACCCUGAACUACACGGACGGGUACGCAAUGGACGAUGCUUACUACGGUCAAGGCGCUGGUCCCAUCUGGCUGAGCAACGUCAGGUGUAAGGGGUCAGAGAGGUCACUGGCCAAGUGUCCACACUCAGGCUUCGAUGCGGUCGUCUACAGCAGCUGGGGCAAUGGCUUCAAACUUAACCUUGGUUUCAACGCUUCAAUGGGGGCCGUCAUGGUCUACCUGGGAGACGCCUGGACCCUGAUCUGCGAUGAAGACUUCGACAACAACAGCGCUGUCACUGCCUGCAGAUCUCUCGGAUUCCCGCACGGACUACACGUGCGAGGGGGCGUCUUCGGCCGAGUGGACGCGCCGAUCGGCAUCACACACGUGCGGUGCACAGGCCGCGAACCAAGCCUUCUGGACUGUACUUACAAUGCCACGACAUCCUGCAGUUCACAAUCAUACGCGUCCGUCGUCUGUAGCCGGGAACCUUUCAUUGAGACGAGUGCAAAAGUUCGGAUUAUGGAGGACACCUUGGGUGAGCCCUACCAUGGUCGUAUCGACGUGCAGGUGGAGGGAGUGUGGGGCGCUGUGUGUGCCGCAGGCUUUGGGGUCACCGAGGCCACAGUGGCUUGCAAGGAGGGUGGCUUUGCCGGCGGAGUGCCCUAUACUGCGCACUUUCCUGACGAGGACAGAAAGAGCAGAAAGCCCAUCCUGAUGUCGGACGUGAAGUGUCGCGGUGACGAGAAAUCUCUGAUCAACUGUCAGCACACAACGACCUCCACAACCUCCUGGUGCGACUACUACGCCCCUCGCGCCGGCGUCCUGUGCUACAACGACACCAGUGAGUCUGUCGACAUUGUUUGUCUGAGGGGCUACAACUGA